AGGAACAGCAGCUCACACUCCACUGGCUCUUUGAACCGAGCAGAGAGGCUCCCACUCAGCAGCGAUGGCCCCCACUGUGGUUGGACAAGCGAGCAAGGACCACCUGACUCCAGCUCAUAAGCUGAGAAAGCCGAUGGUUGAGAAGUUGCGCAGAGACCGCAUCAACACCAGCAUCGAGCAGCUGAAGGCCCUCCUGGGACCCGAGUUCCUCCGACAGCAGCCAGACUCCAAGCAGGAGAAGGCGGACAUCCUGGAGAUGGCCGUGUCCUACCUGAGGUGCUGGCAGAAGCAGAAGCAGCAGCAGAACCUGAUGACGGCCAGCGACGGCUACUCUCACUGCAUCCAGGAGGCCGUGGGCUUCCUGUCCCGCUGUGACGUCCAGUCUCAGGCCCACACGCUCCUCCUCAACCACUUCCAGGGUCUGCGGGCGUCCAGCAGGACCCGUCUCAGUCCCUGCAACCCGUCUCCUCCCGGCUCUCCUCACCACCGGGGGGGCUCCUGUAAAGGUUUGGGCCCGAGCGGCGGCGGCGCCCUGUGGAGGCCCUGGUAGGACGAGGGCUGAGGAACCUGCAUCCAGAGAGAACUACGUCUGUGGACGUCACGGACAGGAAGUGAAGAACUCACCGGAGUCUGUUUCCUUUUGCUUCGACAUGAGCGUUGAACUGUGUGACUGAAUUCCUGAGGAAGGACUGAAAAUAUUCAGGUUUUACUGAAAACUUCUACACCAUGUGUAAAAAUACCUACACUUGUUGUUUUUGAGUGUUCACUCAGUGAUUUUGUAAACUUCUCCUGUGGGGAAAACAAAUCUCAACUUUUUUAUUUUCUAUGCAAAGAUCACUUAAUGAUGCUAUUUAACCACACUGGUUUUAGACAGUUUAAGUAUCUGAGACACUGAAUGAAGUGUAUUUUUUUGUUCUUAUCCCUGAUACUGAGUAUCACUGAUAUGUUUUAUCAUCUUGCUGAUGAAUCUAAAUCGAGCCUCGUAAAGGAUCCUGUGGAUCCUCCUUCACUGUGAAUCCUCUGUAGGAAUAUUUUCUGUUUAUAAUGACUAUAUGUAACCAAUAUUUGGUUUAUUAUUGGAUGAGUGUUACUGUUUUCUAGUUUCCAGUCCAUUUGUGAUGUUCACAACAGAUGUUUUUCAUCUCCCAGUGAAUGCCUUUCAUGAAGGCAGUUAUAUUCUCCCUUCAGUCUUUUUACUAAAAAGAAUCUUCAUGUUGCUUCCAUUGUGAAGUUUGCAUUUAGAAAUGUGACAAUAAGAAAUAAAAUAAACUUCUUGUGAAGUUUUGUAAGCUGUA